AUGGCCGUGGGCAUGGGCACAUCCCUGGCGCUCUCCUCGCUUCUCUCCCUGCUGCUCUUCACUGGGAUGCAGAUGUACUAGCAGCUGGCCUCCACUGAAUGGCUGACCAUCCAGGGUGGGCUGCUGGGAUCUGCCCUCUUCAUCUUCUCCCUCACCGCAUUCAACAACCUGGAGAGUUUGGUCUUCGGCAAAGGGUUCCAAGCCAAAAUAUUCCCAGAGAUCCUCAUCUGUCUCUUACUCGCUCUCUUUGCAUCAGGCCUCAUCCACAGAGUGUGUGAGACCACCUGCUUCAUCUUCUCCAUGAUUGGCCUCUACUACAGCAAGAAGAUUUCCUCCACGCUCUACCAGUCUGCAGCACCCAUGGUGGCGCCCGCCAAGACCAUUGGCAAAGGCAAGAAGAGGAAUUGAUG